AUGUCACCGGCACUUGCAUUCUAUUAUAAGAUCGCAGGUCAUAGGAAGGAAGCUGCACGCCACGUCACCCGCCUAGGUGCUGAGCGAGUGAUUCUGAGCGUUCGCAAUGUUCCAGUAGGAGAAAAGGCGACAGUAGAUAUCGAGAAAUUCACCGGCCGCUCAGGUAUAUGCGAAGUGUGGAAGGUUGAUCUCUCGUCAUUCGAAUUAGUACUUACCUUCGGCAAUCGACUGGUAAAGCUGCUGAAACUCGAUACUACGAUCUUGAAUGCAGUAAUCGCCACGAUGGAGUUCAGUACCGCCGAAGGCUAUAAGUGA